AUGGCAGAAGUAGGACCUCCAAUUGACCUCCCCAUUAUCAACAUCUCCAACCCCAAUGACCCCGUCGUCGGAAAAGCCAUGAUCGAUGCAGCGGCGAAAUAUGGCUUCUUGUAUGUCGAUAGCAGAGGCACUGAUUUCACAUAUGAGGAUGUUGAAAAGGCUUUUGGAUUGUCCAGGGAGUUUUUCGCUUCUCCUUUCGAGGAAAAGUCUAAUUACCGCAUUACCCCGAAUAAUCGAGGCUGGUCAGGAAUGCAUACAGAGACACUCGAUCCAGAACAUCAACGGACGGGAGACUUCAAAGAAGCAAUGAAUUUCGGUGAAUUCAAAGACGGAAAGGCCCAACAGCCUAUUCCCCCCUCUCUGGCUUCCGGUGAGGCCAGGAUCGGCCACUUCGCAUCUCUCUGCAACAAGACAUGCGUGAGGAUCUUGAAGCUGUUAGCACUUGGACUCGAGAUACAAAACGACUGGUUCGCGUCCUGCCAUGAUCCCACCAAGGGCCCUACAGGCUCCAUCCUCCGCUGGCUAUAUUAUCCUUCAGUUUUCUCCUCGGCGACAGCUUCGUACAAACAUGACGUCGACGUGCGUGCGGGAGCCCAUUCUGACUAUGGCAGCAUCACUCUCCUUUUUCAGCGACCUGGACAACCAGGUCUGGAGAUCCUGACAUCUGAAGGAACCUGGGCACCCGUACCAGUGCAACCUAAUACCAGUAGCACAGGGGACACUGACAGUGCAGACUUUCCAUUUCCCCCGAUUCUGGUCAACAUAGGUGACCUUCUCAGUUACUGGACGGACGGUCUGCUCAAAUCUACCGUUCACCGUGUUGUGUUUCCUCUGUCCGAGCAACGCAGCCCCAAUCCCCAGGAUAGGUACAGUAUCGCCUAUUUCUGCCAUCCCAUAGACAGUACAGAGCUAGUUCCCCUUCCCAGCAAAAUUGUCACUGCUCAUCGGGAGCGGAGCGAGGCGAACGGUAUCCGGGAUGAAAGGGUCGGCUUUGGAGGCGGUGCGGGUAGUCUGGAGCCUGGAAAGCGUGCAUUGACUGCCAGUGAACAUCUGGAAUCUAGGUUGGCUGCGACGUAUGGCUUCAAGAGUGUAUAA